CAUAUAACACAUUCCCCGCCUCCUAACCCAGACUUUCAUCAUCAUCAGUUCAUGUUCAACUGCUGAUGGUGCAAUGGAAGAUACACGACCUAACAAGCGCGCACGACAAGCUUGCGAGCCAUGUCGUCGCAAGAAAUCUAAAUGCCCUGGAGAGAAGCCCAUAUGUUCAUAUUGCGAACGCCUUGGUCAAAUAUGCGUAUAUGAAUCAAGCUCUGAUGGCCAAGGUCAACGCGCUCGUUCGGACAGAUCAUUGGAGCUUCGGAUGGAAACUUUAGAAGAGAAAUUGGACUUGUUUAUCGACCGCCUUGAUCCUGUGAUCAGAGAUUCCCGUCGAUGCUCAGCUUCGCAGCACGGAGGAGGUCAUACACCGAGUUCGAUGGUCGGCAUUGAUGAGAUGGCAGAAGCGAUUGAGGCUGGAGAGCCUAGACAAGCUCCAAGCCCAUCGUCACUACUCGAUUCCCGAAGCGAUGAACUAGCAUCUCUCUAUCUAACCUGGCUCCAUCGGCAACCUUUGGUCCUCUUCAACGCCGAAACAUUUGCAGAGUCACUACCAGGUAGGGAAGCAGAGCUGAUCUUGGCACUACAAGCAUUAUGUCUUCGAUUUCCUCCUCGGCUAUUGGAUCAGCAAUAUUGCCAACGUCUCCACGCCAUGGCUCAAGCAUCAAGGCAAAUUGUGAUGAACAAAGCCUUCGAUAGCCAGGUAGACUGUUCCGUUUUACAGACGCUAUGUCUUCUAAGCCUUUUUGAACAUGCAGAAGGAAAUACUGUUCAAGCAGGGCUAUAUCUCAGUACUGCGAUCCAGUUACUAAGCGGGAUUCCGAAAGGGAGCUUUCUCGGUGACGCUGUCGAAUUCAACAACUGCAUUCGAAGCAUCUUCGUGCUUUAUCACUUACAGGGCAGUGUUUCCUCCAGCGUAUGGCCUACCGCUAUGUCACACGGGGAGGACUCUUCCCUUGGCACAGCGACGUGCUCGGCAUGGUUGCUUGCGCCGGAGCAGACUGUACCAUGCGAUAUGGAUCGGGGCAUUAUGAAAUACACCACGCCUCUUGCUCAAGUAUGGCGAGCAGUCAGAGCCUAUGCCUCUCGUCGUGUUUUCUCGGACACGCUACCCCCCUGGAAUCCGCGUUCCGACUAUUCACAAGUUACAUAUCGUCAUCUCGAGAUCGAUUGUAGUGUACCACUUAAAUACCGAUUCUCUGCUAAUCAGAUUGACAAGCAGACUCCAGAGUCCUUGCAACAAAACAGGAGCUAUUGGGGUCCUUAUCUGUUCACCCAAUUCGUCUAUGCCUCCAUUCCCGUUAUCUUGAAUCACCCAUUUCUCUUGUCAAUGCGACUACGACACUUUCGACACACUAUGCCUCAGUCAUUUGUUAACAGCUCUUUUGAUGCGAUAACUCGACACAUUGGAUGGAUCAUGUAUCAUCUUGAAGUACUGGAGAAGAUGGAUUACCGAGUGUCUGACCCGACGUUGGCACAUAUUGUUGUGGUAGUUGCCACAAUUCAUUUACAGCAUAGCUUUGUUGAAGACCUUAACCUACGAGAGAAGGCUCAGGUCGGAUUCGAGAAGUGCCUUGAGUUCUUAAGGUGCAUGGGUCUGACAUGGUAUGGUGUUGCUGUCAUGCAUGAAAAUCUCCAGAAACUACAACAGAGUAUACAAGUUGUAUCUCUAGCCAGCGACGAGCUUGGGCUGGAAAGCCCGAUACAGCAAAAGUUCACCAUCGAUACUAGACUUCUCUGGGAUGUUCUAUCUUAUGAACAAGCUGGUAGGCCAGAUGCACGUGCCGAUGAGUCUAUUUACAGCGGUUCAUCAUCAACGCAUCAGGAUGCGGCAAGAGGUGGGAACGAGUCUGGUGAUGGGUAUGAUUUGGUUGGAUCAGCUGGUAUCAUCGGGCACAAGACUGUUCCAAAGGACACGCCACUCUAUGCUCCGGGUGAGGGCGAGAUUGUAAGCCCUAUCCGAGGUCGUAUCCCAUCCGAUGCUUCGGGAUUGCUAGGGUCUCUGCAACAGAAUAUUCAGGAAGGGUUUGGAUCGGCUAUGGAAUCGGAUAACAUCUUUCCACAAGUGCACGAUUUUGGAAGGGCCAUUGACGAGUGGUUGAGCCUUGAUUGGGGAAAUACAAUGCUUUAAAGUAGUGAGACUGGCUAUCACAUUUUCUGUACAUGUAUUACUUGCGUGCUACAAAUAUUGGUAACUAGGUCAAAAUUAUCACCACUUGAGGCUAUC